UGAAGAGGAGGUGGUAAUUUGUCCCUCUCGUCAUUCUUGUGAUGGUAAAUUCAGAGUUGUGUGUUCAGGGCUCUGCCACUAGCCACACGAGUCUUCAGAGCACUUGAAAUGUAGCUGGGGCCAUUUCCCGAUGUGCUCUAACUGAAGUUUACAUUUCAGAUCUUAGGGUCUUUGUGUGUAAAAUGAAUGCAAGAUAUUUCAAUCAUAAUUUUUAAAAUAUGGAUUGAAGGGGCUGGAAUGAUGGCUCAGUGGUUAAGAGCACUGGCUGCUCUUCUAGAGAACCUGGUUCUGUUCUCAGCACCCACAUGGUAGGUCACAGCUGUCUGUGACUCUGAUCCAAGGGGCCCCUUCUGGCCUUGUGGACACCAGGCAUGUUCACAAUAUGUGCAGACAUUCAUGCAGACAUAGCACCCACACAUAAAAUUAAAAAAAAAUAUUGAAUGCUAAAAUGGUGUUAUCUCAUAUUUAUUAAGUUUAAGUUUACUUGUUUCUUUUUACUUUUGUUUCACUUGACUAACAGAGUUUAAAAUGGCUCAGAAUGUAUUUCUAUUAGCAACAUGUCUAGAAGUUUGUUGAAAUUCAGACUAAACAUGACUUUCAUUGCACCAUUUGAAGAUAAAUUAUCUCUGUUCAGUUUCUAAACUUGACAAAUUCCAGAAUUCCCCUUGUUAAUGGUACUUUAUGACAACUUCCAGGAUGUUCUGUUUCAGAGAUACCUUCCUGCACAGUCACUACUUCUGGAGCUUCCACUGCAGGUGACCUCCCUUUUUUCUAAAAACACUCUUAGAACUUUCAAUUGUAAAGACACAUUUUUGAUACAUUUGGCUUUUUCCAGGCAUGUAUGAUAUGUGUUUUUCCCCCUUUGAUAAUUAGAAAUAAUGGUUCAAUACUUCUAUACAUUGGCGAUAGUCUGUCUGCAGUCAUUUUUCUUAAUGGUUUUCUGAUCCUUUGAAGACCUUUUUUUUUUUUUUUGUAAGUAAUCCCCAGGCUGGAAGACCUUUUUGUCCCUGCUUUUGAGUGUAUUAUGGAAUUGUUUGAUCUUUCAGGAUUGGACCACUGGUCCUGAUGAUAAAGCCACCUUGCUGCCUAGUAGGGUAGAAAACUGCAGCUUCUGUGACAACAUGGUGCUUAGUAGCACUUAACUAGGUAAAUACUUAGUAAAGGUAUCUUUUAAAGCAAAGGAUUUUCCUACCAAAGAUAAGUCCCUUUUUUUUUAAAUUUUGUAUUUACAUUGUAUCUCCGUUAGUCUCCCUUCAGAUUAGAAAAAGGUAGAGGCCCUUUGUUAGACAUGUGCUCAUCUUUAAAAAGAUACAGUGUCUCUCUAUCAGACUGCUAUGACCUCAGGUUCCAGAAUAUCAAGGCAACAUUCUUUUAAAGGCAUGCUUCACUUUGGUUUGACCCCAAGCUGAGAACCAGUCUCCUUGUCGUCCAGGAUGAGCUGGCUCGGGCAUCACCUCUCCGGGGGCCCCGAGGACACUUCCUUGCUCAGGACACACAUGUCACUUUUCUCACUCAUGUCGUCUGAAGAUGAGCCUUUCGUCUCCGACUUGAGGAGCCAAGUACCAGCUCGUGCCGUGGUGAAGCAACCUAUCCGCGGAGCCAGUGGCAGGACCACGGUCACAGCUAUUGUUCAGACUGGUGGAGACUGGAGCACCGGCCUCUUCAGUGUCUGCAGAGAUAGGAAAAUCUGUUUCUGUGGUCUCUUUUGUCCCAUGUGUCUUGAGUGUGACACUGCUAGGCAUUAUGGAGAGUGUCUUUGUUGGCCACUGUUACCAGGGUCUACCUUUGCAUUGAGAAUUGGCACCAGAGAGAGACAUAAGAUACAGGGGACACUCUGUGAAGACUGGAUGGUGGUGCAUUGCUGCUGGCCAUUCUCGGUCUGUCAGGUGGCCCGAGAACUCAAGAUGAGAACCCCCCAGCUCUACGAAAUCUGUGCAGUGCCAGCACCCAAGGACACCCUGGUUUGACAGCACUCCUGCCCUCCCUCUGCUGCGCUUUCCUCUCAAACCUGUCUUAGAUUGUUUUUUAUUCAUUAGGUUCUCACUGAAAUAGAAUAAAUGAUUUACUCCCCGCUGCCCCUGCUGUGUUGAUUCCCCUGAGGUCUUGAGUAUUUUCUGACUCUGCUACUUUGGUCCAGCCAUGCAGAGUACCUUCUAGUGUCCCUUCAGUACCCUGGGUUUUGGGAGGUUGACUUUUCACCUAGUUUUCUGAUGCCAUCCUUUCCUGAGAGGUGACUGUGAGGCUGGAAAAACUCCCAUGUAUCUUUAUUGUAUCAACCCACUUUCAGUGAUGGUGAUGUAUCAGUGGUGGGCCCGGCAUGACUAAGUAGGCACCGGUGUCUUUGAAACAGUAAGCCAUUGCCCUUCCCCUGGCCCAACUCCUUAGUCUUCGUUGCACAAGAAGGAAGUCUGAAGUGGGUGCUGAUCUUGAACUCUUCUCCAGCACUUGCAGGCCCCUUGCUCCAGGCUCAAAAAUCAUAAUUGGGCAAACAUUGCGGAUUAAAUUGUAUUUCCUGCUUCUCCUACACUCCACAAAAUAUAGGUUGCCAGCCCAAUCCCUGGUACCUGUGAAGGAGACCUUAUCUGGGAACAGUCUUUGCAAAUAUGAUGAAAUCAAGAUGAGAUCAGCUGGGUGAGGCCCUCAUCCAGCAUGGCAGGUGUCCUCCAAAGAAGAGGGAGAGGUAGAGACACGUGUGAAGUCACAUGAAGACUGUGGGGGAGACUGAAGUAAUGAUGCUGCCAGGCAAGGACUGCUUAGGGAUGCUGAAGCUGGAAGAGGCAAGGAAGAAUCCAGCCCAGAGGUGUGGAGGAAACAUGGUCCUGCCAGUAUCCUGCGUUUGAACUUCACCCUCUAGAAAUGUGACAGAGUAAGUUUCUGUUGUUUCAAGACACCAAGGUUGUGGUAAUUUAUACACCAUCCCUCGGAGGCUAGUGUGGCAGCCACCUACCUUGUGAUUUGAGUAUGCCAUCUAGUUCUUGUCAGGUCAACAGCACGGAGCCGAAGGGCCCUUCAAACACCUAGUAACUGAUCGUGCAUCUAUAGGCAGCUUUGCUACCUCCCUGUGUCUCGUUUCCUCAUGGAUAAGAGGGUAGUGAUAGCAUUGAUCUUAAAGGGCUGUGAGGUUAUAACAAGUCAAGCCAUGUAGCACUGUGCGGAGUGAGUGGCAUUAAGGACUCAGCAAAUACACUAUUUCUCUUUCUGUCCCUGUCUCUGUCUCUCCCUUUGUUUUUUUUAUUUUUUUUUAUUUUAUUUCUCUGUGUAGCACUGGCUGUCCUGGAACUCACUCUUUAGACCAGGCUGUCCUCGAACUCAGAGAUUCUUCUGCUUCUGCCUCCCAAGUGCUGGAAUUAAAGGCAUGUGUCACUACUACCUGGCUUUUUUUUUAGGGGGGAGGGGGGUGUAAAUGAAUGGAACAUAAAUUCAUAAUACCAGCCAGCAAGUUCAUGAGAGGAGAUAAGUCGUAACAAGGUAAGCAUCCUGGAAAGUGUGCUUUUAAUAAUCAUAGCAUAGCUUAACCUCCAUAAAGCAUCUGGUCUACACCCAGAAGACUUCACAACCAAUGGACACUUUGAAGUAAACCUACCUCUAAUAAACACAAACUGAGCUAUUUAUAAUAUCAUAAACUGAAACACCCAAACCAAAAGAAGGAUUGGAGAAAGAAACUUUUCUUCGGAACUAUAGAGAAAAUACCGUAAGGGUAAGAUGAAAGAUAUAUUAAAAGUAAAAUCAAGGGAAGAUAAAACCUUGUACCUUUUGCAUAAUGAGUUAAC